GCCCUCUACCUCCUGGACCAGCUCUGGGAGUACAGCAUCGUUCCCAAUGAGGACAACUACAUGCCAGCAAUCAGAUCAUGCGAGAACGCCGGCAGGUUCGAGGUGGGCGACCAGCUGUUUUGGAAGAUGAGGCAGCACACGAAGCUAAUGAAC